AUGCUUCUUUCCGGACUUCUCCUUGGGUUUAUCUUCUCUUCGCUCAUCGUUCAAGGAAACACGGCGAACUCUUGCCACCGUUUGACUGGUCAACAAAUCGACAAUGUGACCGAAUGUGUGCUUUCCUCCAUCAUUCAAAAGGGCUACAACGAGAAAUUCUGGGGACAAAAUGUAACCAAUGCGAAAGCGGUAUCAUUCAUUUGCAACCACACGGUUGAGCUCUUCAAAGAAUGCCCAUGCAGUCGUGAAGUUUUGCAUUUCGUCGUAAACACGUGUCAUAAGAAGGAAGAGCCCCUUGUCGGAAUUCGUCUUCUCUCAUCGGUUAUUAGUUCAAUAUCACGACCAGCUGGUCACGAUGUUCUCUCUACAACUGAGGAAAACGAACCACUCAGUGGUGAAUCUGUUCUGUACCACUCAGUGGUAAAUCCCGAGGAAUCUGAAGCGGUGAAAUUUUGGUUCUCCUGGAAAGGUUUCGCAGUUUUGCUUGCCAUCAAACUCAUGAUGAUCGCGUGCGGUGUGUUUGGUAUUUGCGUGGGCUGUAUUGUCAUGAUUUAUUGUCUGAUGAUGAUGCAAAAGAAGGAAAAGGAAAUGGAGCAACUGCGUGAAUCAGUGCUGGCUCAAAAGAAGGCUAUUCGCAAAGAGAAGAGAUUCCAAGAGCGUACCUGUUCUCAAACCCGUCCACAAUCCCACGCUGAAUCCUCUUCGUACCCAUCUGCAAGACAUUCGUCGAAGUCGUCACGUCGUUCAUCUCGCCGUGUC